CACAGCAUUCGGUACUGGCUCCGCAACUUUUUCGGCUACCCUGUUUACGGAGUAUACCUAAGGCCAUGAAUUUGCCUUUAAGUCUGGCCGUCUAUUUCAUACCGCCACGUUCUACUCUCAACUCUUGUCCUCACUCGUUCGUUUGUUUAUCCAUUUGGUCGGGUCUGCGAGAUGUCUGACCAAUUCGACCCCCCGAGUUUCGAUAAUACCCUUGGUGCUUUGCUUGUAGGUUUCGCUGUCUCUGCCACUGCGUUUGGAAUGUUGACCAUUCAACUGUUCACCUACUAUAGGCGUUUCCCCCAAGACAAGGUUGCAUACAAGACUCUCGCUGCCUUGAUAUGGUUGCUUUCUUUCGUUGAUCAAGCUUUUGUCGGUUACGCUGUAUAUUUCUAUACCAUCACAAAUUAUUUGAAUCCGCUUCCGUUGACUACAGAAAAACCUCAAUGGACUCUUAUAUUGCAAAUGACUUUGGGCGCUAUUGUUGGUGGCAUUGUCAAGAGUUGUUUCACACUAAGAGUUUGGAGGUUCAGCUAUAGAAAUUGGUGGCUUACAGGGACCUUGUUUUUGAUGGUUUUUGCACAACUUGGCACGGCAACUGUGUUCACUGUAGAAAGUUUCCACUUAUCUUCUUUUUCACGCAUGAGCACCGUGAAACCUUUGGGAACCUUUUCCUUGGCCAUCGGAGUCGCCACAGACAUGAUCAUAGCUGCUGCAUUGUGCUUUUACCUUCAGAAAAUGCGCUCUAGCCAUCCAACUGCGGACUCCAUGGUUAAUACGUUAAUAGUAUAUGCAGUGAACACCGGUCUUCUUACCAGCACUAUCAGCCUGUCGACCCUUAUUCUGUUCAACACCAUGCCAACGAACUUCAUAUUUAUAUGCAUGUAUUUUGUUCUGAGCAAACUUUAUGCAAUAUCAUUCCUGGCUGCACUGAACACUCGAAAAAUCAUACGAGGUCGUGGCACAGACUAUGAAAGAAGAAAGAAUACAAGCUCCAGCAUAAUUACAGAGUCCAUAGAGCCUUCGACACAGCUGCCGAUGCCGAACACUCUGGAAACAUACUCAGAAUAUCACCAGCGGUCGUAACUCGAAAAUCAUAGUACCAAACUCAAUGUCGCC